CCGGAAAUAAUGAAUGGUUAAAUAAUUGAAAUGAAUGGUCCAAAAAGUACAAAAAGUAAUGUCUUGUUUUAGCGGUCGAAGAGAGAGAGAGUGAGAUGGAGCUGUGUGAUAUAGAGGUGAUCAAUCUGUGGGCCCUAAGACCACCACGUCAUGGGAAUUUAUCCGUAGGUACAAGAUGGGCCACGUCUCUUUCUCUCUCUUAAUUUAUUCUUAUUGAUAACAGUCUCCCUCCCCCAACUACCAUUAUAAUGAAGUGUAUCAAAAUUAAAGAUGGCAAUCUCUCAAAUAACCCUAUGAUCUGCAUAAAUAUCUGAUGAGAGUUAACAGUAAAGCUCUGCUUUACAAGAGAAACGCUUGUGGGCAUAUCCGUCAUUUAUUACUAACUGCAGUGACCAGGUCUCUUUCUCCCACUAAUCUUUUUCUCUCUCUAAAACCAGCUCGAUUCACCACCUCACUCUCUCUAACAAGUACUCGUUAUCUAUGACUCUUUCUCUCUCAUCCCCCAUCUCUGCCUUCCCACUCAAAAGGCUCUUCUUCCCCACUUCUCUCAAACCCAGCAUCCCCACCCCCGUUUUUCUCUCACUUUCUCUCGCUAAACAUUGCCUAAACAUGUCCAGUGUUCCUGUGUCUCUGCCCAAAUAUGAUUUUCAAACAAAUUGGGAUGUACCCCAGUUCUCUGAUGACCAAAUGGAUGCCGUUGCAGAUGAAACUCUUAAAAGAUACUCUCUGUCUAGAGAUCGCAAAAGAAAUGAGAGUGGUGUGGCAAUUGUCUGGUUUCGAAAUGAUUUAAGGGUCUUGGACAAUGAAGCUCUUUUUCAGGCAUGGAAGUCAUCUCAAGCUAUAUUGCCAGUUUACUGUCUCGAUCCUCGGUUGUUUGGGACCACCCAUUACUUUGGAUUUCCCAAAACUGGAGCAGUUCUACGAGCCCAAUUUCUGAUAGAUUGCCUAGCCAACUUAAAGAAGAAUCUGAUGAAGAGAGGACUCAAUUUGCUCAUACAACAUGGGAAACCUGAAGAUAUCCUUCCGUCAAUUGCAAAAGCUUUUGGAGCCCAUACAGUUUAUGCCCAUCAAGAAACCUGCAGUGAGGAAAUUCUUGUUGAAAAACUUCUUACCAACAGUCUACGAAGAGUGGUUCUGCCACCAGUUGACAUUGCCACUUCGAUUCCUAAAACUCCAAAGCUGCAACUUAUCUGGGGUAGUACUAUGUACCAUCUAGAUGAUUUACCAUUUGGGUCCAGUAACGUACCAGACGUGUAUACCCAAUUUCGUAAGUCUGUUGAAUCUAAAUGCAAAAUCAGAGGUUGCAUCAAGAUUCCACCAUCACUUGGCCCUCUUCCUAGUGGUAGUUUGGAUGAGAUUGGAGGAUGGGGAUGUGUUCCUUCUCUCGACCAGCUUGGCCUUAAUAUGGAAAAGCAUAAUGGUGGAAUGCAUUUUAUUGGUGGGGAAAAUGCAGCUUUGGCUAGAGUGAAUGAAUAUUUUUGGAAUAAGGACCUGUUGCGGGUGUACAAAGAAACAAGGAAUGCGAUGCUAGGACCAGAUUACUCAACCAAGUUCUCACCUUGGCUUGCCUUUGGAUGCCUAUCCCCACGUUAUGCAUAUGAAGAGGUCAAGAGAUAUGAAAAAGAAAGAGUUGCAAACGAUUCAACAUAUUGGGUUUUGUUUGAGUUGAUAUGGAGAGAUUAUUUCAGGUUCUUAUCGAUUAAAUACGCGAACUCCAUCUUUCACCUUGGUGGUCCAAGACGAGUGAAAGGGCUUAACUGGAACCAAGACAUGGCCUUAUUUGAGUCAUGGCGAGAUGGUCGUACAGGGUAUCCACUCAUUGAUGCAAACAUGAAAGAGCUUAACAGCACUGGCUUUAUGUCUAACCGAGGACGGCAGAUUGUCUGUUCAUUUCUGGUCCGAGACAUGGGUUUGGACUGGCGCAUGGGAGCCGAGUGGUUUGAAACUUGCCUUGUGGAUUAUGACCCAUGUUCAAAUUAUGGAAAUUGGACUUAUGGAGCUGGUGUUGGCAAUGAUCCAAGAGAAGAUCGAUACUUCAGUAUUCCGAAACAAGCUCAAACCUAUGAUCCAGAAGGAGAGUAUGUAUCUUACUGGUUGCCAGAGCUCAGAGUCCUUCCAAAAGAGAAGAGGCAUUUUCCAGGGACCUCAUAUAUAAAGCAAGUAGUUCCUCUAAAGUUUGGAAACGCUAACCCUAGAAACAGCAAUCAGUUUAAAGGACAGAGCCAUAGAGGUGGAUUUGAGAGGAGGAAAGGUCAGAGGUCAUAGCAGCUAUAGGGAAAAAGAAAUUUUGAUUGAUAAAUGAAACAGUACAUAAUAGUGUCUGGUGCAUAUUAAUGUUCAUGCAAUUUUUGUAUAUGUGCUUGCGUCCAAGCUUUCAUGGUUGGAAUAUUUAUCGGUUCCAUGUUUAAUACUUAUCGGUUCCAUGUUUUUUUUUU